AUGGUUUUCGGUGCAAUUUCCAGGGAAGUCCAUGGUGUGCUAUUCUUGACGACAACGCGUUUUUUCAUUGUCCCUAUUGUUCGUUAUCUUUGCAACGCAAAAGGCCUUCGAAAGUAUCACAACUACUCCUGGCUCUCUCCUCUCACCGACCUGCGACACUGCUACCUGAGUUCGCAGGGUCGACGGUCAAGAGAUCUCACCAAGGCACAUGUCGAACGAGGCGCGUCAAUCCUCAGAAUCGGCCCAAAUGCCUUGUCUUUUAAUCAUCCCGACGCCAUUAAAGAUAUCUACGGCCACCGGACAAAAUGCGUGAAGGACGUGAAGGAGAGCAUUCUAGCCGGCACUCACCGUCAACUCUUCGACGUAAUCGACAAGGCAGACCAUGCACGCAAGAGGAAGUUGCUGUCGGCCGCUUUCGCGACCAAGAACCUCGAGAAUUGGGAGUACAAGGUCAAUUACACGUCGCACCGCCUGGUCAAGGUCUUCGACGAACGGUGCGUCAAGUCAGCUGGGGCACCUCGUUCCAAAGACGAUGCCGUCGAUUUCAACCACUGGAUCAAUCUCUGGACAAUUGAGGCCAUUAAUUUCAUUGCUCUCUCCUCUAAGAUGGACCUGUUGGACACAGGCACUGAUUGGGUGACGGCUGAGAGGCUGGACGGCACUUGCUACCGGGCGAGGUACCGCCAUUCGCAAAACCACAACGCGAUCGUCAAGUCGGUCUUCUGCUGGGACUAUGACUUGUGGCCGUGGAUUGCUUGGAUAACCCAGAGCGUGCCUAGCAAGUGGAAGCAGCUCUGGAAAAUCAGUGCACCCUGGGGCGACAUCACAUACCACCAAGCCAGCGAACGGCUGAGAAGAUACAAGGCCGGUGAGCAGCUCGAUGACUUCUUCUCCUGCCUUAUGAACGACAAGAAUGGCGCACCAAACUACCUCGAGUGGGGGGAAAUUGUCGCCGAGGUAUCCGCCAUCAUCGACGCAGGCGCCGAGACUACAGCAAUCGCCCUGAGCAACAUCAUGGAGCUCCUGAUCAAGCACCCCGCCAAACUAUCCGCCCUGCGGGACGAGCUGAGCAACGUGCUUGAUGACGACGACGUCGUCGCUCCCUUUGACAAGGUCAAAGAUCUACCUUACCUCAAGGCCUGCCUCGAUGAGGGUCUCCGCCUCAGCCCGCCGACGUCCUCGGGCCUGCCGCGCCGGACCCCUCCCGAGGGCGCGUCCAUCCUGGGCGAGUGGAUUCCCGGCGACACCAGCGUCUCCAUGACUAUCUACGGCGCUCACCACGACCCCUCCAUCUACCCAGACCCAGAUGUCUUCAAGCCGGAGCGGUGGAUGGACCCGGCCGAGCGCAAGAGGAUGGAGCCGUACUUCAUCCCAUUCUCGGCUGGUGCCAGAGGCUGCAUCGGUCGCAACAUUUCGUACCUCGAGCAGAUUGUCAUCCUGGCCACAAUUGUCCACCGCUACGACUUCGCUCUGGCCACACCCAACUUCGUGGCCGAACGAUUUGAGGCAUUCAACAUGAUUUGCGGGCCGUUGCCCAUUAUUAUCUGGCGGCGAGGUCCGCAAUGGUAG